GUCUUGCAGAAACUUGUGACCCAACUCACAUGGUCGAAGGGUGCCAGCUUUGUAGCCUGGGAGCUGCGUGGCGAUGCCGCUGACUUGGCCAGGCAUCGCUUUGGCUGCCGGAUCUUUUGUCGCUUGAUUGAGUUCCAUGCGGCAAAGGAGGGCACGGAGGAUCUGGUCGAGGAAGUCCUGCAAGAAGCAGAAGACUUGUGCUGCCACUCCUUUGGGCAUCAUGUAGCCCAAGCCAUCCUGGAGCAUGGCAGUCAAAAGCACCGCGAUGCAGUAGCGGCCACCAUUGAUCGGAACCCCUUGGGGUUUGCCAAGAACCAGAAUGCCAGCUAUUUGGUUGAGAGGGUGUUGACAUCUUGCUCUGACUACUAUCAGGAGUCCUUGCUCUUUGAGUUGUCUUCCUCUUUGGUUGACCUAGCGCUUUCUCGCUAUGGUUGCUACGUGGCCCGAGCCGUUGUCGAGCACCCGAAGACAGACCGCAAGCUGGAAAUGGCCAAGUUGACCGCUGUGCGUCAGGAAUUGAACAAGACCAAGCAUGGACAAUAUCUCAUGGCAGAUGUGGGUCUUAGUCUGUUGAAGGGAUCCAGAAGGCUCAAAUGA